AUGGCCAAUGCCUCCACAGACCUGGACAACGCGGAGGCCCAGCGCCAGCUCAACAACAACAAUACCCGUCUGGCCAGCAGCUCGGGACACUGGGAAACCGAGGUCACCAGCUCCAAACUGUUUGAGUGUUCCCGCAUCAAGGCCUUGGCAGAAGAGAGAGAUGCUGUCCAGAAGAAGACCUUCACUAAGUGGGUGAACUCCCACCUGGCCAGAGUGUCCUGUCGGAUUGCUGACCUCUACAACGACCUCCGGGACGGCUACAUGCUCACAAGGCUGCUAGAGGUCCUGUCUGGGGAGAUGCUGCCGAGGCCCACGCGGGGUCGCAUGCGGAUCCACUGCCUGGAGAACGUGGACAAGGCCCUGCAGUUCCUCAAGGAGCAGAGGGUCCACCUGGAGAACGUCGGCUCUCACGACAUCGUCGACGGCAACCACCGCCUCACCCUUGGCCUCAUCUGGACCAUCAUCCUUCGCUUCCAGAUCCAGGGGAUUAAGAUCGAGUGUGACGACAACAGGGAGACGCGGUCGGCAAAGGAUGCCCUACUACUCUGGUGCCAGAUGAAAACCGCUGGGUACUCUGAGGUCAACAUCCAGAACUUCACCACAUGCUGGAGAGAUGGUCUCGCCUUCAACGCUCUCAUUCACCGACACAGGCCUGAUUUGAUUGAGUUCCAUAAGCUGAUCCGGUCCAAUGCCACACACAACCUCCAGCAAGCCUUCAACAUUGCUGAGCAGAACCUGGGGCUCACCAAACUCCUGGACCCUGAAGACGUGAAUACGGAGAACCCAGACGAGAAGUCGAUAAUAACCUAUGUUGUGUCCUACUACCAUUACUUCUCCAAGAUGAAAGCCCUUCGAGUAGAGGGCAAGAGAGUGGGAAAGGUCUUGGACAAUGCCAUUGACGGUCAGAAGAUGAUCGAUCGAUAUGAGGCUCUGGCCUCGGAGCUCCUGGAGUGGAUCGAGAAGACCAUAGGCAUCAUCAGCAACCAGAAGUUUGCCAACUCCUUAACGGGUGUCCAGCAACAGCUUCAAGCCUUCACCACCUACUGCACCAUCGAGAAGCCCAUCAAGUUCCAGGAGAAGGGGAACCUGGAGGUGCUCCUCUUUACUAUCCAAAGCAAGCUCAGAGCUAACAACCAGAAACCAUACGUGCCUCAUGAAGGGAAACUCAUCUCUGAUAUCAAUAAGGCGUGGGAGAGGCUGGAGAAGGCGGAGCACGAGAGAGGCGUGGCACUACGGCAGGAGCUGAUUCGCCAGGAGAAGCUGGAGUUGCUGGCCCAGCGGUUUGACCACAAGACCACCAUGAGACAAGCGUGGCUCAACGAGAACCAGCGCCUCGUGUCUCAGGAUAACUUUGGCUACGACCUGCCAGCGGUGGAAGCCGCCAUGAAGAAGCACGAGGCCAUUGAGGCAGACAUCUCGUCGUACGAGGAGCGCAUCGGGGUGGUGGUGGAGCUGGCCGGGGAGAUGGAGACGGAGGGCUACUACGACAUCCGGCGCAUCUCGGCCCGCAAGGAGAACAUCCUGGGCCAGUGGAGCCUGCUGAAGGAGCUGGUGGUGGGGAGGAAGGCCCGGUUGGAGAAGAACCUGGCUCUGCAGAAGACCUUCCAGGACAUGGUCUACAUGAUCGACUGGAUGGAGGACAUGCAGGUCCAGCUCCUUUCCAAAGACUUCGGCAAGCAUCUGCUGGAGGUGGACGACCUGCUGCAGAAACACAGCCUCCAGGAAGCUGACAUCACAGUGCAGGCAGAGAGGGUGCAGACCCUUAACACAGCCGCUCUCAAAUUCACCACCAUUGAAGGCUACCAGCCCUGUGACCCCCAGGUGAUCUGCAACCGGGUCAACCACGUCAGCACCUGCCUGGAGGAGCUCAAGCAGCUGGCGGCCAAGCGGCGCUCGGAGCUGGAGGAGUCUCAGCACCUUUGGGCCUUCUUCCAGGAGGUGGAGGAGUCCGAGGCCUGGAUCCGCGAGAAGAGCUCCAUCCUGGCCGCCCAGACCUGCGGCAAGGACCUGAGCAGCGUGCUGCGGCUGCUCCAGAAACACAAGACCCUGGCUGGGGAGCUGCUGGCCCACCGCUCCCUCCUCCAACAGACCAUGAAGAAGGGCAAGCAGAUCCUGAUGGAGAAGAGUUUUGGCACGGGCGGCAUCCAGGAGCGCAUCAUGGAGGUGAAAGGGGAGUGGAAGAGGCUGGAGGACCAGGCGGCGCAGAGACUGGGCCACCUGCAGGAGGCACUCAACUUCUUCCAGUUCAGCACGGAGACGGACGACUUGUUGGCAUGGCUGCAGGACGCCUACCGCCUGGUAUCCAGUGAGGACUUUGGUCACGAUGAGUACUCCACCCAGUCACUGCUCAAGAAGCACCGGGGUGUGCGCGAGGCCGUGGACAAGCACCGGCUGCAUGUAGUAACUCUGCGCAAACACAUGGUGGCGCUGCCACUGCACUACCGGGAGCUGGACGAGGUGCAGUCAAGAAUGGGCGAGGCGGAGCAGCUGUACGCCGAGGUGGCCGAGGUGGCCGUCCUGAGGCAGCAGUGGCUGCACGACGCGCUGGCUGUCUACCUCAUGUUCAGCGAGGUCAACGCCUGCGAGGUGUGGAUCGACGAGAAGGAGCAGUGGCUCAACAAGAUGGAGGUUCCAGAGAGGCUGGAGGACGUGGAGGUCAUAGCCCAUAGGUUUGAGAGCCUGGACCAGGAGAUGAACAGCCUGAUGGGAAGGAUCCUGGACGUGAACCAGAUAGUGCAGCAGCUCCUGGACAGUGGUCACCCCAGCUCUACAGAGGUCAGAGGCUGUCAAGACCACCUCAACAGCAGAUGGAACCGCAUCGUGGAGAUGGUGGAGCAGAAGAAGGACCACCUGGACUCUGUCCUCCGUCUCCAGAACUACCUGCUGGAGUGUGCUGAGAUCAAGUCCCAGAUCCAGGAGAAGCGCAAGGCCAUCGACGCCACUCAGUACGUGGGGAGUGACCUGGGCGGGGUGCUGGCCCUGCAGCGCCGACUCUCCACCAUGGAGGGGGCCCUGGCCGUGCUGGAGCCCAAGCUGCUUCACCUGCAGCAGGAGGCAGAGGAGCUGGCUAUCUCGCACCCGGCCAAGGCCAUGGAGGUCCUGGAGCCCUUCGAGGGCAUCAGUGUGGAGUGGGAGGAGCUGAAGCGCACGCUGCAGGGCUGCGAGGACUCUCUGAUGGUGGCGGGGCGGCUGCAGCAGUUCAUCCAGGACCUGGACUCCUUCCUGACGUGGCUGGUGCAGACGCAGACGGCGGCAGCUAGCGACGAGCUGCCCAACGCGCUGGAGGAGGCCGAGAGGCUGAUCAACCGCCACGCGGCCCUGAAGGAGGAGAUCGGCAGGUACGAGGAGGACUACGAGCGGCUGCAGGCGGUCAACGAGCUGCUGGAGGCCGAGGAGGCGCCGCUGCCAUACGCAGCGCUGCAGCAGUGGCUCCAGAAGCUGGAUGUGGGCUGGAACAAGCUGCUGGAGAUGUGGGAGAGCCGGAGGGAGGUGCUGGUGCAGGCACACAUCUUCCACCUCUUCCUGAGGGACGUCAAGCAGGCCGAGGCCUUCCUCAACAACCAGGAGUCAGCCUUGGCUCAUGUUGAGCUCCCCACCACGGUGGAGACGGUGGAGGCUGCCAUCAAGAAGCACAAGGACUUUACCACCACCAUGGAGCUCAACCUGCAUCGCAUCAAGGCUGUCAUCGAGGCCGGAGAGAGCCUCAUUAGCCAGAGCAACAUCUACUCGGACCGCAUCAGGGAGCGUGUGGACACCCUUGCUAACAGAGGCAACCAGAACCGGGAAUUGGCCCAACAGUGGCUGGAGAGGCUCAACGGCCAGUGGGGGCUCCAGAGGUUACUACAGGACUGCCACGAGCUUGGAGACUGGGUGGCAGAGAAGAUGCUCAUGGCUCGUGACACGUCCCGCGAUGAGACGCAGAAGCUGCACAAGAAGUGGCUGAAGCACCAGGCUUUCAUGGCCGAGCUGGCCCAGAACAAGGAGUGGCUGGAGAAGAUCGAGAGGGAGGGCCAGCAGUUGAUCCAGGAGAAGCCCGAGCUGGGCCCGGUGGUGCGGAGGAAGCUGGGGGAGAUCCGGGAGUGUUGGCAGGACCUGGAGAGCACCACCCAGGCCAAGGCCCGCCAGCUGUUUGAAGCCAACCGGGCCGACCUGCUGGUGCAGAGCUACACCAGCCUGGACCAUCGGCUGCACCAGCUGGAGGGACAACUGGGCUACGUGGACCAGGGUCAGGACCUGACUAGCGUCAACAAGCAUCUCAAGAAGCUCCAGACGAUGGAGUGUCAGAUGGAGGAGUGGUAUAAGGAGGUGGGGGAGCUGCAGGUGGCGGCGGCCUCCAUCCCCCAGCAGGGCCAGGUCAUGGACACGGUCAGCGAGCGCCAGUCCGCCGUGGAGACACGCAUCGUCCGCCUCAUCGAGCCGCUCAAGGAGCGCCGGCGUAUCCUUCUGGCCUCCAAGGAGGUUCACCAAGUGGGCCGGGACCUGGAGGAUGAGAUACUGUGGGUGCAGGAGCGGCUGCCUGCCGCCACGUCUCAGGAGCACGGCUCCAGUCUACAGGCUGUGCAGCAGCUCAUGAAGAAGAACCAGACUCUGCAGAGGGAGCUACAGGGCCAUCGGGCGAGGGUGGAGGACGUCCUGGAACGAGCUACUGUCAUCGCCUCCAUCCGCAGCCCCGAGGCUGACUGUGUGCGGGCGGGCCUGGAGCAGCUCAGCGGGCUGUGGGGUCUGCUGUGGGCCGAGACGGAGAGAAGACAGCUGGUGCUGGAUGCCAUGUACCAGGCCCAGCAGUACUACUUUGACACGGCCGAGGUGGAGGCCUGGCUCAGCGAACAGGAGCUGCACAUGAUGAACGAGGAAAAGGGCAAGGAUGAGCCCAGCACCCUGCAGCUACUGAAGAAGCACCUGGUACUGGAGCAGACGAUAGAGGACUACGCUGAGACGAUAGGCCUUCUCUCCCAGCAGUGCAGACAGCUACUGGAGAUGGGACAUCCAGACAGUGAGCAGAUCAGUAAGCGUCAGUGUCAGAUGGACCGGCUGUACGUGUCUCUGAAGGACCUGGUGGAGGAGAGAAAGUCUCGUCUGGAGCAGCAGUACUGGCUCUACCAGCUCAACCGCGAGGUGGACGAGCUGGAGCAGUGGAUCGCUGAGAGGGAGGUGGUGGCCAGCUCGCCAGAACUGGGACAGGACUUUGAACACGUCACGAUCCUACAGGAGAAGUUCACAGAGUUUGCGUCGGAGACGGGCAGUCUGGGUCAGGAGCGUGUGACGGCGGUUAACCAGAUGGUGGAUGAGCUGAUCGACUACGGCCACGCCGACGCCGCCACCAUCGCCGAGUGGAAGGACGGCGUGAACGAGGCCUGGGCCGACCUCCUGGAGCUCAUGGAGACCCGGGCACAGAUGCUGGCCGCCUCGCACCAGCUCCAUAAGUUCUUCGCCGACUGCCGCGAGGUCUUGGCCCAAAUCGAUGAUAAGCAGCGGAGGCUGCCCGAGGUGCGGGCGCGCCAGGGUGGCACUGCCAACACCAGCACCCUGCAGAGGCUCAUGCAGAGCUUCGAGCACGACAUCCAGCUGCUCGUCACUCAGGUGAGGCAGCUCCAGGAGAGUGCGGGUCAGCUCCGGACCAUCUACGCCGGGCAGAAGGCUGAGGCCAUCGCCGGCCGGGAACAGGAAGUGAUGCAUUGCUGGAAGGAGCUCUUGACUUCCUGCGAGGAGUGCCGAGUGCAGAUCACCACGGCAACAGACAAGCUGCGGUUCUUCGGGGUGGUGCGAGACCAGAUCAUGUGGAUGGACAGCAUCAUCUCUCAGAUCGGCACAGGGGACAAUCCAAGGGAUGUGUCCUCAGUGGAGGUACUGAUGAACUACCACCAGGGCUUGAAGAGCGAGGUGGAGGCGCGCAGUAAGAGUGUGCUGCAGUGCAUCGAGAUGGGCAAGACGCUGCUGGCGGCGCGCAACCCUGCUGCUGAGGAGAUCAAGGAGAAGCUGGAUACGGUGGUGGCCAAGCAGUACGAGCUCUCUGAGAAAUGGGACAAACACUGGGAGGUCCUGCAGCACAUGCUGGAGGUGCACCAGUUUGCCCAGGAAGCGGUGGUGGCCGAGGCCUGGCUCACAGCCCAGGAGCCCUUCAUCAACAGCAAGGAGUUGGGCGCCAGCGUGGACGAGGUGGAGCAGCUCAUCCGCCGCCACGAGGCCUUCCGCAAGGCCGCCGCCACCUGGGAGGAGCGCUUCAGCUCGCUACGACGCCUCACCACGGUGGAGAAGAUGAAAGCGGAGCAGAGUAAGCUCCCUCCCACCCCCCUGCUGGGUCGAAAGGUGUUCCUGGACCCCCAGGAGACGUCCCCUGCCCGGAGCCAGGGCUCCCCCUUGAUGAGACGGAUCCUUUACGAGCAGGCCGAGCCCAGAGCCGAAAGGCCCCCCCAGGAACCCUCGCCCUCUUCCGUGGCCCGCCGCCUGGGCUCCACCGUAGCCAACUACACCCCCAUCAUGAACGGCUCCAGUGGCUACCGCAGCAGUCUGGAGGCCCGGGCCAUCCCCAUGAUGGGGGGAGUGGCUGGGGGUGUAGUUGGGGUGGCAGCCAGGCUGGGAACAGCCGCUGUGGAGGCAACAAAUUUAGGGACCACCGCCGCCAUGGAGGUCCGAGGGGUGGCAGCAGGAUUUGGGACUGCCGCCUCUGAAGCCAGAGGGUUGGCAGCAGGAUUGGUCACCCCCGCGGUCGAGGCCAAAGGGAUAGCUGCAAGCUUGGUGACUGGGGCAGCCGCCGCAGUGGAGGUGAAAGCCUCGCAGUACCUCCGGCAGCCUAAGAUCAAACACAUGGACGACAUGGUGACGCCUAUGCUGGUGGCCUGUAGGCUGGAGAAGAUUGUGUUAAUGGAGCCAGCGCCGGUGAUGCCGGUGAUGGCCGAGGUGGUGCUCCAGGAGAUGGGGAGGGAGGGGAUGGGCAGGGAGAGGUUGAACAGCGAGCCCAGCAGCAGAGACCACCGGGCGGGGAGCAGCCGGUCGGAGCCCCAGCAGAGAGACAGGGACAGAGACAGUAGGGACAGUAGGGACAGUCACAGGGAAGCCAGGCUGGAGCGCCAGCACUCCAGUGAGGUGCUGAUGAUCCAGGCGCGGCGGGAUGAGCUGCCCCAGGAGGUGUGGCGGGAACGGGCCGAGCGCAAAGAGAGGAAGCUGGAAAGGCAGACGUCCAGCGAGCAGGAGGGCCACGGACACGAGGGCCGGAGGAAAGACCGCCACCGGACGGAGAGACAGGAGUCCAGUGAACACGACACAGCCAAGGAGCAGUCAGACAGACGUUCUACGGAGAAAAAGUCAGGUGGCCAGACCUUGUUUGAUAUAGUGGAGCAGCUAAAAGAGAGAGAGGCAGCAACGGUGAUCUAAGCUCUGCCUUCUCUCUUCUCUCCUCAGGCACGAGGGGAGGUCCCUAAAGUGCCGAACGGCGUGCCAGAGAAGUCUUCCGGACGUCCAGACCGGCCGCGAGCAAGGGAUCGCCCCAAGCCCCGGCGGAGACCCCGACCCAAGGACCCAUCUGCAGGAGAGGCCACCACCCGGCGGUCGCGCUCGGCGCCGGAGCCAGGAGUGGCUCAGGGCGUGAGCCCUUCGGUCCCCCAGCCGCCCAGCCACACAGCCCACCACGAGGGCUUCCUCUUCCGCAAGCUGGACAUCGAGACCAUGAGGAAGAGCUCUAACAGAUCCUGGGUCAACCUGUACUGUGUGCUGAACAAAGGAGAGAUAGGCUUCUAUAAGGACGCUAAGAACACCACCACACCUUACAACAACGAGCCCAUGCUCAACCUCGGCCACUGCCACUGCGACGUCACCCUUGGAUACAAGAAGAAGAAAAACGUCUUUACACUUAAAACGAAAGACGGAAGUGAAUUUCUGUUCCAUGCAAAGGAUGAGGAUGAUCUAAAGGCCUGGACCACCAACAUCAACAAGAGCAUUGCAGAGCAUGAGGAGAUUGCCAAAUGGGGUCAGCCCCAGCCUACUACCUCAUCUACGGACGAGGGCACGCGCCGCGACGGCAGCAAGGCCGAUAAGUCAGAACGGGGAGAAAAGUCUGACCGGGGGGAAAGGCCGCAGAGAGCCGAGCGCUCUGAGAGGUCGGAUAAGGGUGAGACCAAAUCGGACACCAAGCGUUCAGAAAAGUCCAGCAAGAAGAAAUGAGUUUGAUGUUGUGCGGUGGGUGGGGGAAAGGGAGAGUGGUAUAAAAGACUUCCAAUCAAGACCCAACCCUUUCCUCUCAUCUGUCUGCUUCAGUUCUAUUUAGUGUCGAAAAAGACAGGAAAAUCACCCUGGUGAACUGACAUGAGGGAUUUGAAGCACGAAUAUCAGUGUACCCCUCCUCGUUGCCCUCUCUCUUUAUCUCUGUUGCUCUAAGGGUGUCAGACCUGGUCACUAACACUUAUUGCCUGGCUCGUUCCACCUCUGCCCUCUGGUGGUGACACCGGUGCACUGCAGAAAGCAGAUGAUCCUCCUAGUCAGGGCAGCAAUGUGAGAGAGAUGGACACUCAUGUAACAAGAGGGUUGUCACUGGUAGUAUGAAAAAGUAGCUCAUAACGUUUUACGUUUAUUUUUUGUAAGAGAUGAGCUGUAUCUGUAUGUAACUCUUGUCUGUCUAUUUAUGUAUUGUAUGUCUAGAACAUCCAAUUGUAUACUCCCAAACAAAAGAGAAUGAAAUAUGCCUAAAUGUUUUUCACAACUGGCCUCUUUUUGGAGAACAAUUAUUUUCUGUUUCCUUUUUUGUAUUUCUGCUCGUUCACUCUGCCAUCAUUCUUUUCUGGACUCUCUUUUCUCACUUUGACUUUCUUCAGUACAAAACUGUAAUAUCAUCAAACUCAUCCAAAUUUAAUUUGUACAAUUCAACAUUGAGCCAGAGGAGAAAGAGAAGAGGCAGGUAACAUCAGCCUUCACAAAGCUUGUUCUGGCUUUUGAAUGGAUGACCUGGAACUUUUACCCGGAGGCUAGGCUGGCCCCCACGGCCAUACUCAGCUAUGCCUUCAUCUGGGGCCCCCGAGAGGCCCCCAGGGACCCAGCAGCCAUAGCCACCCAGCACCAGAGGGAUAGGACUGGAAGCCAUCUCGCAAGACCAAACCUCCCCCUUUCUUCUCAAAGACGUGGUAAUCGCAUUCCACAUACCCAAUCAACAUUAUUUUUGUCCAUUCAGAAAAUAUCACAAUGCUUUUUAUAGACAGUCAAAGAGAAAUUAAGUUGUGUGUGUCUGAGCAUGUGUGUGCGGGUGUGUGUGUGUCUGUUCAGCUGCUCACCACUCCCAGGGUUUUCAUAGCUCAGGUUUUUUCGUUCACAUCUGCGUCCUCAGUUCUCCCUCAGUCUUCCAGGCACUGCCGUUCCACAGGCCAGGCUUCUAACAACUCAACUAACCACAGGAGUUGAUGAGGACACAGCAAGGAUCUAAGUUCAGGGGCCACACAGAAGUGAUAUGGUGCCGAUUGGUCACUCCAAAGCCUCAGGAGUGCAAGUCGAUGUCAGAUGGAUGUAAACAAAAGCUUCUGGAUGAAUGAAUCACAUGCAUGUCUUGCUUGGGAUAUAAAUCUCUUGUUGAGAGGCUUUGCAUAGCAGUCCGAUCCUAUGUUCCUCUCACAGUAUGUAGCGAUCAGCAACGAUGUUCACUUUGUCCCUCCAUGCAUCAUACAAUACAAUUAUCUGUUUGUCUUAGCACUGCAAAGCCAUAUUUGGUAACGGGAAGUCUCACAUUAUGGAAGCUAGUGGACAAAUCCUUUGCCUGUUCCUUACAUCAGAGAUUUGUACAGAAGUGAGGAGUGACGGCGACGAGAUAGUACAGUGCAAAUAUCAUGAAAUCUUUCCUGAGUAGCUUUUUCUACCUUGUUUUUUAAACACAUUUUAUGCAUCUAUAUAGGCGUUGAAUGCCAAACCAAUGCAAUCCAUAACGCGUGUUGGACACAACAAGGCAAGGAUCAGCAGAACUUAUUUUUGAAUGAACAUAACUAUCACAUGGAAUGUGAAAUACAGUACAAUACAUGACAUAGGACAAACUCAGAUAGGGCACUGUGGACAUCUGUGAGAUUCUGUGGUGAAUUUUGAGAUUCGUAUGACACACUACUGAGAGGCAUACAGUACAAUUAGCAUAGUGUAGUGGGAGGAUACUAGCAAUAAACUGCUAGUCUGCUGAAUUCUUGCAUUCAGGAGUUUCACUGUGCAGUAUUCACUACUAUCUAUUGUUUAGAGUAGACUUAACUUGCCUGGGCAACUCAUAUGGAGGAUGUCUCAUUCCAAAAACAAUAUGCUCAAUACAAACGAGUUCGUUUCAAAUUGAUGUACGCAACUGUCUUAACACUAAUUUGGAUGUCUCCGAAUGGUAACUUUGUUUGGAAAUGUUGCUUACCAUUGCAUUCUCUGUGUACCGCUGUCACAGAUAUCCUAUUUGUAUGCCAUAGUCUCACUCUAAACAGAUUGUAUACAGUCAAAGUAUUAUGGUGGCUUAGGGAGGUUGCCAGGAACUUAUUGUUGAUGCGAAAAGAGAAUUUAUAUGCAACUUUUCCUUUGCACUAAAACACUCCCCCAUUGCACAGUGCUAUUGCUUGAGGAGCAGUGGUGCUUAAGGGUCCGAGAGGGAAAUGUGUUUAUUUCAUUACAGGAGAAUGUUUGAAUUAUCUUCAUGAAUGAACAUUAAGUACACUAGCCUGAAAAGUCUGACAGUAUCAUGUUCAACCAUGAUAUGAGAUUUCACAUUGCAGUUUUUCAUGCUCGUCUGGCUUGUUACACUUUACUAACAGCUGUAAUUCCAGCUACAAUGCAUGAAGUACGAGUUUCGAAAAGACAUCACAUCCUAAAACCAAACAUGCCUAUACAAUUAUUCAUGCUAUCUGGAUAAAUUACCAGUAGUCAUUUUCCAAAUGUGGGCCAGCACGUCUGUUGUCAUGGCCAAGGGCCCGAUCCAUGUUAUCCUGUACUUUUCUGUUUCACAGAGGGCAAUUUGAGCUUAUAGACUUUCAAAUUACAAACCAGCUGGAUGUUGUUAAUGACUAGAAAGCACAAUUUUAUAACCUACAGUUGAUACACACAAGCAUUAACAUGUCAUAGGGAGACUUGUGAGAGGAAUCCCAUUAUUGAUACAAUGCUUCUGUAUUAGCUGUGCACUCAUGAUGUUUCAGUUAUGUUAGAACAUUGCGUAACUGGGCAUCUGUAAUGUGUGAUGUGCGUUAAGUCCUGGAGUGCUUCCUUCAUGAAAGCAUUCACACCGCAACUGUUACAAAUCAAUAGUCUAAUGCCAUUAUAAACUAAAAUCCGUAUUUUCUAGAAAAAUGUAAUUUUUUUCAUUUCAGGGAAUAAUGAUUACGUUGCUGUUUUCAUCCAGGAUGUUCCAUUGUUAUUUGUUGACAAAGUCGAUGCUCAACACCUACUGUUCAUUUCCUGACCUUUGACCCUAGAGCACCACUGUUUUUAGGAAACUACUGAAUGGAUGUUUUGCAAAGUUCAACAGCUUGAUGACCUGUACAAUAUGUAAUUGCUUAAAGUAUUUUCUGUAAAGAAAGAAUUACAUGUUAGUUCAACAAAUUGAAAUAUCCAAGGGGCAAAUGGUUCAUUUGUACAACAUCAAUGGAAAACAUCACAAUAUCAGGACACAGAAGUUGCAUGAAUUACAUAGUCCCUAUUAUGAUACUGCUCUGCAUGUUUUGAAGUCUCAUCCCGUCGCUAUACAAUCACUGUACAAUAAUGGGGUGACACACUUACGUACAUGGAAAAGGUGAAUGAAUGAAUAAUAAUGUAUAAAACAGAUCCAA